GACCGCGCGGUCAGCAUGGACAGCGACAACCGCAGAUACUUCAACGACAUCAAAACGAGGCCUUCUUCGUUGAUGGGUCGAUGGAUGAGUUUCCGUAACUCUCUGUCCAACCAAGACCGUCUGCCGGUAAGAGAUUCGCCGCCAGCCUCAGACGAUGAGGAGAUGGGGUUUCUCGAGACGGAGGACAAAGAUGUUCCCACUCACGACGAACUCAGUUCCAAGAUAUGCAAGGAUACCAUCAGACAAACUAUACUCGACAACAUGCGCUUGGUGUCCAGGGAUGUAAAGAUUCUACUAGACAUUGAAAGUACACAGUUGGUGAACAACGACUUAGAAGAUAUCUUGAAAAACUCUGAGAUGAUUCAGAGAAAUAUUGUGUUUUUGUGGUGUGCGUUUUUGAAAAAGUUUGAUUUACUUGUUGCAGUGGAGCAAUUAGGAGUAGAUGUACAUUUUUUCAUACUUGGAGGACUUACUGCUGUGCACUUGAGUGCUUUCAGUGGGAGUGUGAAGUGCUUGAGAUGGCUGAUACACAAGGGAUGUGAUAUUAAUCUUAUGUCAGAAUCUUAUACACCAUUACAUUGUGCCGUUUUAGGGAAUUCUGUGGAAACUACUAAACUGUUGCUAAGAGAGGGAGCUGAGUUGAAAGACUCAGUUUUACAUUCUGCUGUACGUGUAAAUGCUGCUGAUUGUUUAACUCUUCUACUUAAGCAAAAUGUAAACGUAAACUCCUUAGACUGUUCUGGAAUGGCUCCUUUGCACAUUGCAGCUGAUCGAAGAAUGGAACAGUGUCUAAAGGUUUUGUUGGACUGUACAAAAAUUGACAUAGAUUUAGAAACAAAGGACAAAAGAAAUACUGCACUGCAUCUAGCAAGUGAAGGGGGAUAUGCUGAUUGCGUUUCCAUGUUGCUCGCUAAAAAGGCCACCGUUGACAAACGCAAUGUUAAGUUACAGACACCUUUGCACCUGGCUGCCAAGUGUCAAGGAGUUGAAUGUGUCGAGGCUUUGCUUAAAGCCGGAUCAGAUGUUAAUGCAGUGGAUGAAGAUAAUAGUACGCCCUUACGUGCUGCUGUUGGGAAAGAUUUGCUGGCACUCAACACUGUUGAGAUACUAAUUGCGUCGGGGGCAGAAGUGAAUGUAAAGGACAAGUACGGAUUCACUGCCCUUCACGUAGCUGCCCUGAACGAACUGUCUCAAUGUGUAGAUGCUCUGAUUAUGAAAGGAGCUGAUGUGUGUGCGAAAACGAAUGGGGGACUAACAUGUCUUAGUAUUAUACGCAGAAAAACGCCUGCAUGCAUAGCAACAAUAAGUAAAAAGUUGGACAGUUCUAUUUCACUUCAUGUUCCUGAGGCAUCAAACCGUGAAGUAGAAGUGAAGCUGGACUUUCGUUAUCUUUUGCAACACUCUUCGAUAGGUGAGGUUGGGCUGUUGAAGACUCUUGUGGAUGAAGGACAGAAGGAGAUCUUAUCUCACCCAUUGUGUGCUGCUUUUCUGUGCAUUAAAUGGCAAAAGAUAAGAACGUUUUAUUUUUUUAGAUUGUUUUUAAGUACAAUUUUUUCAAUCUUUUUCACACUGUAUGUAAUGAGUGCGCUCGCUCACAACUGUUACAAUGCCGCAAUGAAUAUAAGCCUAGGAGACAAGGAACUUUGUAAGGAAUACUCAGUUAUUGGUAAUUUUUUAGAAGGCCGCCCUAAAGUUAUGGAAUUGUCGUGGUAUAUCUUGCUUUCGAUAACUUGUAUUGAAAUUUUACGCAAACUACUAGGUUUUGCCGGUUACCGCAGUUUCAAACAGUAUUUUAUGAAAUGGUCCAAUAUAAUUGAAUGGUACACAGUGUUCAGUGUCUUUGCAAUAUCCUUUAUUUAUACAGGAAGGACAUACACGUGGCAAAAUCAUGUAGGAGCAUUCGGUGUGCUCUGCGCAUGGACUAAUCUCAUGUGUAUGAUAGGCCAGCAUCCCAAUUUCGGAACGUAUAUUGCUAUGUUUACAAAGGUACAGGCUGAAUUCGCAAAACUGUUUCUAGCAUACGCCUUUCUUUUGAUUGGGUUUACAGUGAGCUUUUGUGUAAUAUUUCCAAUGUCAAAAGAUUUUAAAAACCCUCUCAUAGGUUUUGUUAAAGUUUUAGUUAUGAUGACUGGGGGUUUGGAUAUGACUAUGUUGUAUGCUGAUUCAAAUAAUUCCAACAACUUAGAUAUUUUAAGCAGUUCUAAUAAUGAGUUGAGUAAAAAUAUCCUACUGGAUAUCAGCGCCCAUGUUACUUACGUAUUGUUUGUAUUAUUUGUAACUGUUGUACUGAUGAAUCUGUUGGUUGGAAUCGCAGUUCAUGAUAUUCAAGGACUCCAUAAGACUGCAGGACUUUUAAAGAUAGUUCGACAAACUGAGCUGAUUUCUUUCCUCGAGCUAGCACUGUACCAAGGCUAUGUACCACGACAGAUAAUGAAUGUGCUGAAUUUGACAGCGCUCGUGUCUCCAUCAGCGUACCGCGUGGUUCUACUCGUCAAGCCUCUGAAUCCUCGGGAGAACCGACUGCCCAAGAACAUUCUGAUGGAGGCCCUUAAGAUUGCACGGCAGCGUCGUAGGUUUAACAACAAGGCAGUGAACUACCGCUACAGAGAACCAGCAAAGGAGGAUUCCACCAUGCAGCUGCUGGAGGAAGUGAGAAGUAUGAAGCUUCUUUUGUCAGAACAGCAGCAGAGUCUAGCUGAACUGAUAAAGAUGAUAAACAUAAACAGUGGUAAUGUCAUGGACAACGACAACCGCAGGUGCAUCAACUAUAUUAAAACGAAAAUUAUUCCUCCUUCGUUGAUGGGUCGAUGGAGGAAUUUCCGGAAAUCUCCACACAACGAGGAGAGGCUAUACAAGGGAGAUUCCCCACCCGUCUCUAACGAUGUGUUUUUUAAGACGGAGGACGAAGAUGUCUACACUCACGACGAACUCAGUAUCAAGAUUUGCAAGGAUACCAUCAGACACACUAUACUCGACAACAUGCGCAUGGUUUCCAGUGACGUAAAGAUUCUGCUGGACAUUGAAAGUUCACAGUUGGAGGACGACGACUUGACAAAUCACUUAAAAACCUUAGACAGAAGUGAAAGAAAUAUUGUGUUUUUGUGGUGUGCCUUUUUUAAAAAGUUUGAUUUACUUGUUGCAGUAGAGCAAUUAGGAGUAGAUAUAAAUUUUUCUAUACUCGGAGAAGGACUUACUGCUAUGCACUUAAGUGCUUUCAGUGGGUGUGUGAAGUGCUUGAGGUGGCUGAUACAGAAGGGAUAUGAUAUUAAUCUUAGUCCAGAAUCUUAUACACCUUUACAUUGUGCGGUUUUAGGGAAUUCAGUGGAAACUGUAAAGAUAUUGCUGAGAGAGGGAGCUGAGUUGAAAGACUCAGUUUUGCAUUCUGCUGUACGUGUAAAUGCUUUUGAGUGUUUAACACUUCUAAUUAACCAAAAUAUAAACGUGAACUCCUUUGACUCUUUUGGAAUGUCUCCUUUGCACAUUGCUGCUGAUCGAAGAAUGGAACAUUGCCUCAAAAUUUUGUUGAACUGUGAAAAAAUUAACAUAGAUUUAGAAACAAAGGAUAAACGUAAUACUGCACUGCAUCUAGCAAGUGAGGGAGGUUAUGCAGAUUGCGUUUCCAUGUUGAUUGCUAAAAAGGCCACCGUUGACAAACGCAAUUUUAAGUCACAAACACCUUUGCACCUGGCUGCCAAGUGUCAAGAAGUUGAAUGUGUCGAGGCUUUGCUCAAAGCCGGAUCAAAUGUUAAUGCAGUGGAUGUGGAGAAUAUUACGCCUUUACGUGCUGCUGUUGGGAAUGAUAUGCUGGCAUACAACACUGUUCAAAUACUAAUUGCGUGGGGAGCUGAAGUGAAUGUAAAGGACAUAUAUGGCUAUACAGCGCUUCACGUGGCUGCCCUGAACGAACUGUCUCAAUGUGUAGAUGCUCUAAUUAUGAAAGGAGCUGAUGUGAGUGCGAAAACGAAUGGAGGACUAACAUGUCUUAGUAUCAUAAGUAGGAAAACACCUGCUUGUUUAGCAACAAUCUGUACAAAGCUGGACAGUUCUAUUUCACUUCGUGAUUCUGAGGUAUCAAACCGUGAAGUAGAAGUGAAGCUAGAUUUUCGAUAUCUUUUGCAACACUCUUCUGCAGGUGAGGUUGGGCUGUUGAAGACUCUAGUGGAUGAAGGACAGAAGGAGAUGCUAUCUCAUCCAUUGUGUGCUGCUUUUUUAUGUAUAAAAUGGCAAAAGAUAAGACGGUUUUAUUUUUGUAGAUUGUUUUUAAGUACAAUCUUUUCAAUCUUUUUUACACUGUAUGUGAUGAGUGCGCUUGCUCACAACUGCUACAAUGCUGCAAUGAAUAUAAGCCCAGAAGACAUGGAACUAUGUAAGAAAAAUUCAGUUUUAGGUAAUUAUUUAGUAAAUCAUCCUAAGGCUAUGGAAGUGUUAUGGUAUAUCUUGCUUUUGAUUACUUGCAUUGAAAUUUUACGCAAAUUACUACGUUUAGCUGGUUAUCGCAGUUACAAACAGUAUUUUAUCAAGUGGUCCAACAUAAUUGAAUGGUACACAGUGUUCAGUGUUUUUGCAAUAUCCUUUAUUUAUACAGGCAGGACAUACAUGUGGCAAAAUCAUGUAGGAGCAUUCGGUGUGCUUUGCGCAUGGACUAACAUCAUGAUUAUGGUAGGUCAGCAUCCUAUUUUUGGCACGUACGUAGGAAUGUUUACAAAAGUGCAGGCUGAAUUUGCAAAGCAGCUGUUUUUGGCCUACAUCUUUCUUUUGAUUGGGUUUACGGCAAGCUUUUGUGUAAUAUUUCCAAUGUCAAAUGACUUUAAAAACCCUCUAAUAGGUUUUGUUAAAGUUUUAGUUAUGAUGACUGGCGGUAUGGACAUGGAUAUGUUGUACGGUAAUUCAAAUGAUUCCAACAACGUAGAUAUCUCAGGCAGUUCUAAUAAUUAUUUCAGUAAAAAUGUUUUACUGGACGUCAGCGCUCAUAUUACUUACGUAUUAUUUUUAGUAUUUGUUACUGUCGUACUUAUGAAUCUGUUGGUCGGUAUCGCAGUUCAAGAUAUUGAAGGACUUUAUAAGACUGCAGGACUUUCAAAGUUAGUUCGACAAACUGAGCUGAUUUCUUUCCUCGAACUAGCGCUGUACCAAGGAUACGUUCCGCGACAGAUAAUGAAUGUGUUGAAUUUGACUGCGCUAUUGUCUCCAUCAGCGUACCGCGUGGUUCUACUCGUCAAACCACUGAAUCCUCGGGAGAACCGACUGCCCAAGAACAUUCUGAUGGAGGCCCAUAAGGUCGCACGGCAGAGUCGAAUGUAUAACACCAACACUGAGACCUACCGCCAAGCAGAACCAGCGAAGGAGGAGUCUACCAACCAGCUGCUGGAUAAAAUGCAAAAUCUGGAGGCUCUUCUGUCAGAACAGCAGCAGACUCUAGCCGAAUUGAUGCGGAUGAUGAACAGAAACAGUGAUAAUAUAACGCUGGUUGGCACCGAAAGCAAACAGCAUUUCCGACUGGUACUUUCCCGACAUAAGGUCGCGUACCAGAUCACCCAAUGUGAUCUGACGUCAAAAAUGUUGGACGAUCUGAUCGUCAUCUGA